CAUACCUGCUACUACCAUAGGACGAGAUGUGCACGCCGUUAUAUUGAUACUAUCCAGCCCAGCCUUCGCUUUAUUUACAUGCAUCUAUCAACCACAACAUAUUUAUCUUUGGACUUGUAAAACUCUUUGUUCGCGGGGGAGAAGAGAUACGUUUACAGAAGUAUUCCGAGGAUCUGUUUUAGUAUCUCCGUGUGUAUUUACUUGUGAAUCUACAAAUCAAUACGUGACAAGACACCCCCCUGUGGAGACCCGCGCGGGGCAGCGUACAUCAGGCACUAGGUAGACAUACCGGGGCAAAGUGACCAGGGGACAGGCGGUGGAGGGACAUCGAGGGACAAUUUACUUACGCUGGCAUGGGUGUGGUAGAACGUCACACUGACCCCCUGAAUGUGGUGAUGCGCGAACCUGGACGAUUAUCUGAGAUGACCGUGACGUCAUCCCUGACCCCUGCCCAACACCUCCCCGACAAGGUGGUGGAUGUUCCCAAGGAUACCAUCAAGAACUUCGCCCACACCAAGAAGGUGGGGAACUACCUGCUGGGCAAGACGCUAGGGGAGGGGUCGUUCGCUAAGGUGAAGGAAGCCCUGCACAUCCCCACGGGAGAGAAGGUAGCAAUUAAGGUUAUAGACAAAAAACGGGCGAAAAGCGACACCUAUGUGCGGAAAAAUCUGCGCCGAGAGGGGAGACUACUGCAGAUGGUCCGUCACCAGAACGUCGUGCAGUUGCUGGAGAUCAUGGAGACGGAGAACAGCUACUACCUCGUCACGGAGCUCUGUCAGCACGGAGAUCUCAUGGAUUACAUUUGUAAGCGGAAGAAGUUAGAAGAAAAAGAAGUGCGGCGAUAUAUACGUCAGAUUGUCUCAGCUGUGGACUAUUUACAUCGCGCCGGGAUAUUGCAUAGGGAUCUCAAAAUAGAAAACUUGCUGCUUGAUGAAACCAAAGAUAUCAAGAUCAUCGAUUUUGGGCUGAGCAACUCAAUCAAGGUGAUAACCACAGCUGACGGAACCAAGGCCCAGGAGUACUGCGUCACACAGUGCGGAAGUCCUGCCUACGCAGCACCGGAACUACUAAGUCACCGGAAAUAUGGACCUCAGGUUGACGUCUGGAGCAUAGGGGUCAACAUGUACGCCAUGCUGACCGGAAGUCUCCCCUUCACCGUCGAACCGUUCAACAUCAAGACGCUGCACGACAAGAUGGUCAAGGGCAACAUGAACCCCAUACCGGACACCCUGUCGAGAGAGAGUCGGGAUCUGAUACGGAAGUUCUUGACGCCAGACCCCAACAAGAGGAUUACACUGCUGGACGCCAUGCGGCACCCGUGGUUGACGGAAGGAAAAAAUAAAUCGUUGGAUCGUCCCCCUUUCCCAAACAGAAUCAAGGCGGACGACAUCGACGCCAGCAUACUGAAGCACAUGAGUGAACAACUAGGCUUCAGAGUUGGAGAAGUAAUUAGAUUCGUGACCGGAAAUGUACCCAGCUCUGCCAACGCCACCUACCAGAUGUAUAACCGGAAGUUGUGUCGGUACCAGGCCGACCUCAGGGUCAAGGGCAAGGUCCCUCACAUAGACGGCAGGCUCAUGGAACCAACCAAAAUAUCUCUUGUAUUCCAGGAGUUACCUCCACGCAAGACGUCAACGACGGUGCCCAUCAACGCAAAGCUGAUACGGCGGGGUCAAGACAAGGAAGACGCAGACAUAUCUCCGAGGGUGGUGACGGUGACUCGACAGCCGCAUCUGGACAACGACAGCCGCGUCGGUGACAGAGACGACAACUUCGUGGAUGAGGAAGGAUACAAGGAGGCGUGGUCAAGACAGGAAGCUGUGAUGGUCGCCCAAUCAGCUCCCUCCUCACCUCUGUCCAAGCACCAAACCCAUCCUCGCCCAUCUGACAAGCGACCAAUCGGAAGCCCUGAAUCAGCACGACGACAGCGUUUGCCGAAAGGAUUUCACAAAUAUGCUCGAAUUCACACCAACAAGUGCUCUGAACUACGUGCAAAGACUUCAGAAUCUCCGAACAAAGGAAAAACACCAGACAAAACAUCUAGUCGACAAGGAUCGUUUGAACAAGCAGAUGGGUCGAAGUCAUCAGACGACAAUACUGCAGGGUUGUUAAAGACACGUGACAGUCAUGGUCGCGUGUUCUACCACAUGGGCAAGCGUUUCCAUCCUGCUCGACCCACAGGUGUGUCAUCAAGCCUGAAUGUCCGAGACAAACCAUCGACCCCUUCCCCUGUACAUACCCCUCUCAUAUCCACCCCCACCUCCCGAGCGAACUCUAACCUGAGUAUAGACCUCAGGCCUGGCAAUGUCCGCAAGACGGUCAGUCACGGACUGGGUCACAGAGACUCAAUCUCAAGAGAUGCACCUGGCAUAAAUGACACUCCCCUGUCGGAGGAACGGACCGCUCACCCUGGGAGAAAAGCCGUGCACCCCAGGAGGAUUCUGAAGAGGGUCCAGACUGACAGGAAAAUCCCUGCUACGGACAGUGAUGACACGUCGACCCUGGGGUCACGCCAGGCCAGUUCCUUCAGCACCGUCCAAUCAAGAGACUCCAACCAAGUGUUACCAUCUCUGUCCAGAACUAUACGAAAUCAUUAACGUGUGCAAUGUGCGUCGAGACUAUGCGCGUGGUCAGUUCCUCAAAGUGCUCAAUAUGUUUUUAUUUGGGAAGUCAUUUUAGUUGACGACGACGUUGAAGUGCUUUCAUUGACGUUCGACAUCACUUCUGUCACCAACACCAAGUCAAGGUCAGGUCUCUCACCGUCACAUAACUCAAGGGACAACUAUGCCACAUAGUGAAAUCAUUCAAAGUGUAGACUGUCACGGAAGUUCAAGUCAGAUUUGUCACGAAAUUAUGUAAUGUAAGGUUCUAUACCUUGUAUAUACUGUCACUAAAGUUCAACGUUACUCGUUAACGGAGAGUUCAAGGUCACUUCACCUUUCAUUGCUUCCUAGAUGAAGGUCACAACGUGAAGCAAUAAGGAUUGUUAACAUGACAGAUUGUCGCAAGGUCCGAUUUUCGCACAUUUUUCGACGUUACAUUCGGACCAUUGCCCCAGAGUGAACGCCAGUUAUAAACUACAUUCGCUCCUAUAUCAUGUUACAGGGACAUGUCGCGUCUGCUUGCACGUCCGCAUCAUAGUACAUAGUACCUACAAGCAACAACGUUGGUGUCAUGUAGAAAUCAUUCACGUAUUGCUGCUAGAGGACAGUCUUGAACUUUCAAGUUAGGAAUAUUGUGCAAUUCUACAAACCUCGGCUUAUGAUAAGUGAAGGAAAUGUUGGGGUUUUAUACUAAAAUAUAUUGGGGUUUUAAACUUUUGAAAGAUUUUGAUAUUGAUUUCUGUUUACAUGUAUUAAGUGCGAGCCCUGAAACUAUUAUUUCCAAAUCCAUAUCGCCACGAGGAACCAAAAUUAAACACAAGGUAUUAUAAUGUAUUGUUUUCAAAGCUCUGGUGGAACAGGAAAUACGAUUAUUAAUCAAACAUCAAAUGUAAAGGUUUACCAGUGUGAAGGGGAAAUAUAUUAUAACCAGAACCGUCCAAUCAUUAAACAAAUAUGUGCAUCUUGUAUAUUAUACACCUGUCAUUUAUGACUGUUGACCGGCAUUGCUCCUGUCUAUGUUACAGUACAAGGAGCACGCCACACACGCAUGCAGACAGCAAUAACUCUGGCAUGUACCGUUACUGUUGAAUGUACGAAUAAAUCUAUUUGAAUACA